AUGCUAACGCGUUCAUAUUUAAUUACCAAAAAAAUGAAUUUCUCGAGAAGAGAGAUUUCAUAUAACACACCAAGCCAAAAAAUUAAGAUGACCACCACCAGUGACCAAAUAUUGAAGAUCCAAUUACGCUCAGCAAAUGCAACUGUGCCCACCAAGGGCUCUGCCACUGCUGCGGGAUACGAUAUCUACGCAUCCCAGGAUAUUUCCAUUCCCGCCAUGGGUCAAGGCAUGGUCCCCACUGAUAUAUCAUUUACCGUACCAACCGGUACCUACGGUAGGAUUGCGCCAAGAUCAGGCCUAGCAGUGAAAAACGGUAUUCAAACUGGUGCUGGUGUUGUCGACAGAGACUACACUGGUGAAGUUAAGGUUAUUUUAUUCAAUCAUUCGCAGAAGGAUUUCGCGAUCAAGAAAGGUGAUCGUGUUGCCCAAUUGAUCUUGGAAAAGAUCGUCGAAAACGCACAGAUCGUUGUCGUGGACUCUUUGGAAGAGAGUGCAAGAGGUGCUGGUGGCUUUGGUAGCACCGGCAACUAG